AUGAGUAAAAAUGAUCAUUCUCCACCUCCUCCUUAUCCGGGACUGAGUUCUUAUGAAACCAAAACUAAUGUCAAUCCAAUAUUUAAUGAUAAUUCUACUACACAAUCAUUUAACCAACAAUUUUCAUCCCCACCAAUAAUUUCUCCUGAUUUAUCUAAUCAACAGACAAACACACAAUCAACUGCGCCUCAAAUAGUUUUACGUCUAGCUAAAUUCGGUCCGUUACCAAUAGAAACAGAUUGUCAAUUUUGUCAUGCACACAUUGUAACAAAAACAAGGAAUGUUACUGGUUCGCUUCCAUACAUAGUAGCAACAAUUUUAUUUAUUCUUGGAUUCUUUUUUAUAUUUCCCUUUUUUUGUAUUUGCCUUCCUUUUUGUGUUGAUAUGUUUCUUGAUACAUUACAUCAAUGUCCAAAUUGUCAUAAAGAAGUUGGAAGAUUUAAAAGAAUGUAA